UUAGGCAAGAUACUGCUGACAUAUGUCGAAUACAAAGGAAAUCAUAGUUUGGUUCUCAAAGAAAAAACUGAAAAACCAAAUAAUAAUGGCAUAAUAGGACAAUAAAGAGAUUAGUAAGUCAAAGUCCAUUGGAAAUGAAACCAUUUUUUAUCUUAAAGAAGGAGGAAUUAUUGGCUAAUUGAUCUAUUAUUUGCAAUUUUCACAGACUUUGGAUUCUAAGCUCUUCAUCCAUCAGGGUUAAGGAGGAAUUCUUAUGGAACCAUCUGUGAUCAUUUUUCUCAUCUUGGUGCUCUGUAUCUCUUGUUUGUUCCUCAUUUCAUCACCGAGGAAGAGCCAUGGAAAAGGACAGCUUCCACCUGGCCCUUUCCCCCUUCCAAUUAUUGGAAAUUUGCUGCAGUUAGACACAAAGAAUAUCGAUAAAUCCCUUGGUUCACUGGCAAAAGUCUAUGGUUCAGUGUAUACUGUAUACUUUGGUUCUGAACGUGUUGUCGUGUUACAUGGGUAUGAGGCAGUGAAAGAAGCUUUGAUUGCUCAUGGAGAAGAGUUUGCUGCCAGAGGAAGCCUCCCAAUUAUCGAUGCUGUUAGCAAAGGAUUGGGGGUAGUUUUCAGCAAUGGAGAGAGAUGGAAGCAACUCCGCCGCUUCUCCCUCAUGACCCUGAGGAAUUUGGGGAUGGGGAAGAGGAGCAUUGAGGAGCAAGUCCAAGAAGAGGCAAAGUACCUGCUGGAGGAAUUUAAAAAAUCAAAUGGACAGCCCUAUGAUCCCAAGUUUAUCCUGGAGUGUGUUCCCUGCAAUGUCAUCUGCUCUGUCAUUUUCCAGAAACGUUUUGAAUACAGUGACCAGAAAUUGAAAUCUUUAAUGGAGCUUUUAGAAGAAAAUAUCAAAAUCUUGACUUCACCCUGGAUACAGGUGUACAAUUUUAUCCCAUCACUAGUACAUUAUCUCCCAGGAUCUCACAGGACAUUCCUUAAUAACUGUAAAAUAAUGCAUAAUUUUAUAGUGGAGAAAGUGAAGGAACAUCAAGAGACCCUGGACUCCAAUAACCCUCAGGACUUUAUUGACUACUUCCUGAUAGAAAUGGAGCAGAAAAAGCAAAACCAACAAUCUGAAUUUACUAUGGAAAAUUUGAUUAUCACCGUAUCUGACCUAUUUAUUGCGGGAUCAGAGACAACCAGCACUACUCUGAGAUAUGGACUCCUGCUUCUGCUGAAAUACCCUGAAAUAACAGAUAAAAUUCAUGAAGAAAUUGACCGUGUGAUUGGCCGAGAGAGAAGUCCCUGCAUGAAGGACAGAAACAGUAUGCCUUAUACUGAUGCUGUGAUACAUGAGAUACAGAGACAUCUUGAUUUAAUCCCCUUCAAUGUGCCCCAUGCAGCAAAACAAGACACUAGGUUCAGACAAUAUGUCAUCCCCAAGGACACAACCAUAUUCACAUCAUUGACCUCUGUUCUGUAUGAUGAGAAGGAAUUCCCCAAUGCAGACCAGUUUGAUCCAGGUCAUUUCCUGGAUGAAAGUGGCAACUUUAAGAAGAGUGAUUAUUUCAUGCCUUUUUCAAUAGGAAAAAGGUCAUGUGUUGGUGAGGGCCUGGCUCGGAUGGAGUUAUUUCUGGUUUUUACCAACAUCUUACAGAAUUUUACUUUGAAGCCUCUCAUUGAUCCAAAAGAUAUUGACACCACCCCUAUUUCUAAUGGAUUUGGCUGUGUAGUUCCUUCUUAUAAACUCCAUUUUCUACCUUUGCAGUGAAGUAGGUGAAGGACCACCCUUGGCUUUAGCUAUAGGAGGGCAAAUCACAUUUCUUCUUAUUUCCACCCAUCAGUAGACUUCUACUAGCAACAAAGAAUAACUUUCAAUAAAUAAAUACAUUCUUAAUUUUA